CCACUGUUCAACAACUGGCAUCCACCAUCAGAACACUGAUUCCCAAUCUUGAGGAGAGUGAAAAUGAGAGGGAGUGACAGAUGAAGGAAGAGAUGUAGGAGCCACACAUGACCACACGUCUCCGCCUUCUUUAGCAGAGCAGCGCCGUACCGUUAUCUUCUUCCAUUUACUUUUGCCUCAAGUCAAUUUGUAAUGACUAAGUUCUUAGAGGGAGAAAUGAGAAGAGCGAACGCUAGACUUCUGUUUUCAUGUGAGAAAUUGACAGACAAGCGGUGAUAGGCGACCGUCAAGUCAAAACAUCUCAUGGGAGGAGAAGGACAAGGAGGACGUUAAAAACAGAAGAGAUACAACAUGUGCGUCCACAGAACGCUCGCACCAGGGGAUGGAUUUUGCCACACAAACAGAUGGACCUCACAGAUGUCAUAAUGGAAGUACAACACAGGAAGAGGAUAUGACGGACUCUCUACCAUAGCUAUGGAACAGAUUUGGUAAAGGGUGGUUUAAGGGCACUCUAAGGUACAAACUGCACGUGACCAUAGUAGCUGCAGUCUUAAUACACAUGAGGAAACAACAUAAAAACACACUCGCUGUCUAUACUGGGGAAGGAGGACGAAUUUAAAUUUCUCCCUGGGAUUUGAACCCUAUGAUGGAAAAGCUGGACUCCUCCUGCAGUCCAUCUACCCUCCCGUCUGACUUACCCUGCCCCAUCUCCUCCUCCUCUACUUCUUCCCCCACCUGCACGUCGGUGGAGCGGGGCAGUCCUUCACAGAACGAGAGCCUAACUUUCACAGAUGCUAUCAGCUCCCCGUGUCCUGAAACUACAAAGACAGGGUGUGCGGGACACGAGGACACAUCCACUUCAGGUGCAAUCCAGUCUCCCAAGUACCACACUGACAAAGCUGCUGGUUCCAUUACCAUAGAGCCCAAGAGGGAACAGGUGGAGAAGAAUGAAGAAGAAGAAGAAGCCCGACGAAGUCCCACGGCCCAUGCUGCUUCAAACAACAAGACUCCAGAGCUAUCUUCUCCACCACCCCUGCUGCCAGCAUCAGCUAAGACCCCCCCACACCCGCUCUCUCCACAUACCUACGCAUCAUCUAUCAUGACAUCAUCCUCUCUCCUUCCUUCACACAUUCCAGUCAUCAGUCUUGGUGACAGUAAGCCCCAUCUGCCGCUGCCCAACACCCCUCUGACUGCACUCCAUCCCAUUCCCAGCAUCCUACAUGGUCCUCAUGGAGACAUUCACUGUAGCCAAGAGACCCGUUUCACUGCUGCAGGUCCCACAGCUCCGUCCCAGGGGUCCUUGUUGGCUCAACAGUACCUGUCCACACAUCCCUUCUUUAUUCGCUCCUACUUGAAUCCAUCAGGAAGAAACUACGGCGUAGUGAACAGCAGCCGGAUAAAGAGAAGAUCUUCGACACACUUUGAGAUGGAAAUCAGUGACUGUCCACCUCAGAAAAUUGCUCGUCGUGUUUUCACCAACAGCCGUGAGCGCUGGCGACAGCAGAACGUAAACGGGGCUUUCUCUGAACUCAGAAAACUCAUUCCCACACACCCGCCUGACAAGAAGCUCAGCAAAAAUGAAAUCCUUCGCCUUGCUGUGAAGUACAUUAACUUCUUGGUCUCCCUACUGAAAGACCAAGCUGAGGACAAAGGCAGAGACUCAGCUCCGGAGGAAGCUGUAGAUGAAGGCGUUGGAGCAGGUCGACCAUCUUCUCCCCACUUGGUCACACCGACCAGACUCAGAAACUCUACUAAUUCAGUCAUUGCCAAGACAAAGUCUCCAGCGACAUCCAGCUGCUACGGUGACACAGACUGUGAAAAAAGCUUUGGGCACAAGGCCCCUUCACUGACCCAAGACAUUCUAGGACCGGUGAAGGGUCAGAGAAGGAUGGUGUUAGCCACUAAUGAUGCAUAGUAACAGUAAGAAAAGCAAACAAAGAAGACUAUACAGCCAACUGGAGUGUGCUGUCACUCAAGGAGACAGACUUCAAUCAUAUACAGUAUUGUUUGAAGAUCAACGCAUUUCAUCAACUCAAUAUUAUGGUCUAUUAAUUGAAAAGGUGUUAUUAUUAAAAAUCUUUAUUUUGACUUUA